AUGGAAGGUGAGAAGAAAACGAUGCAGGUGCUGGUGACCGGUGGCAGCGGGCUUCUGGGAAAAGCCAUAGAGCAUGUGGUAAAGCAGGAAGGUGGAGCAAAAGGGGAGAAGUGGAUCUUCCUCAGCUCUAAAGAUGCAGACCUGACAAAUGCAGCCGAGACGAGGGCCAUCUUCGAGAAACAUCAACCCACACACGUUAUUCACCUCGCAGCUGUAGUGGGCACCUUCAUGAGCGUGACAAAGAACCUAAAUUUCAUGAGGAAGAACCUGACCUUAAACGAUAACGUGCUACAAACGGCUCAUGAGUUUGAUGUGGUGAAAGUCAUCUCCUGUUUGUCCACAUGCUCUUUUCCAGCAGAAACCACCUACCCCAUCGAUGAGACUAUGAUCCAUAAUGGUCCUCCUCCUGAAUCGAACUCGGGCUACGCCUACGCCAAGAGGAUGAUUGAUGUACAUAACAGGGCCUGUUUUCAGCAGUAUGGACGGCGGUACACAUCUGUUAUUCCCACAAACAUUUAUGGCCCUCAUGACAACUUCAGCUUCGAGAAUGGUCACGUUUUACCCGCACUCAUCCACAAAGCCUACAAGGCGAAGAGAGAUGGAACAGCUCUGGAGGUCUGGGGAUCGGGUCGAGGACUACGUCAGUUCAUCUACUCUGUAGAUUUGGCCCGUCUUUGCGUGUGGGCUCUGAGAGAAUACGAUGAAAUUGAGCCCAUCAUUCUCACAGUUGGAGAAGAAGAUGAGAUAUCCAUUAAAACUGCAGUCGAUGUGAUUGUGGAAGCUUUCGGCUUCACAGGACCUGUGAUUUAUGAUACCAGCAAACCCGAUGGCCAGCUGAAGAAAACGGCAAACAAUGCCAAACUGAGACGCUACCUUCCUAAUUUUACCUUCACUCCAUUCCAUAUAGCUGUGAAGGAGACGUGUGAUUGGUUAGCUGCUAAUUACGACAUCGCUCGCAAAUGACCGUCCAGCUUGAAACUGAUGAGUGACACGUUCUUCACACUUUACAGCAUGUAACGUGAAGCACCUGUCGACACGCUUCAGCCACAGUUUUCCAUAAAAUCUCAGGAUAUUGUUUUACAAAUUGAUUUAAAUUCAAACUGGUGUGCCUUAUUAUUCUGUUUAUAUCAUCUAAAAAUCAUUAACCCUAGAAAUUGUAUUGUUUAUAAAUCAUUGUGGUGUCUGGAUAAUUAAAUGCAGUCAAUCGGACAACUGUGGGAAUUAUGUGAUUAUUAAAUAAUACACAAACAGAUUUGUACAGAUUCAUACAGAUUUAACUAUAUGUCUCAUUUUCUGAACUGAUAUUCACUGAUAUUCUAUUUUGUAAAAUUGCUGUAGGGGUGAACUUGGAGAAACAUGGCAGCUGAUGUAACAUAUCAAUAUAUAUAUACAUGAUAACAUAGCAAUAGCCUUUAGGUGCCAGGUUUUAGUCUGGAAUGGCCUGUGUGGGUUUUACAAUUACUAUUUGUUACACUGUAUAACAAGAUUCUAAUAAAACCUUUCCUCAAAUCCGA